AUGCGGGAGCUCAUCGACUGGAAGGAGCGGCGCGAGAGCGCGCUACGCGCCGGCAGCAGUCAAGCACACAGGUACACCAAGUCCAAAGUUCCAUAUCCGGAGGAGCUGCGUGCCCGAGGAGAUGGGGGCAGCACGGCGCCCGCGCACGGUGUCUUGGAACAGCUGGUGCGAACAGGGUCAAGAGCUUGGGGUGCUCAACCAAGUCUGAGUACUAAUAUCGAGGCGCCUGCCAGAGCACCGCCCCGAGUUCGACCAGGAUUACUUCGUGGAAUCCCGCCCAAGUUCAAGGCGAAAGCCAUUGCCAUUGAGGGGGCCCACCCAAAGUACAGUCCAUUAUCUACCAGCGCGAUGCAAGUCCCCACAGGGAUUCAUACUAUCAUGAACAUGGUGGCCAACGCUCCGACGUCACUGCAGCAGGCCAUCACAGCGUUGUUCAGGAAACCUGAGCGGGGGGGCGCCCAAUAG